GAACGCUACUGUGCUGCAAGGCAGGCAGCGAGCAAAGCAGCUGCAGUGAGACCGGGAGCGCUGACAACAACGAACAGGCUCAUGUUGGGAAAGUCAGAAACGCAACAUUUGCCUUCUCUAUGACUUAAUGUCCAAAAUAGUUCACUUCUAACCUUUUUUUGGCGAUCAUACUUUCUUUAUUUUGACGCAUGCGUGGGAUUAUAUUUCUUAUUCUCUCGACCUGAAAUGACUGCUAGUCGCCGUGUCUAGCCAAUGGUUACUGCGGGGGCUCCUGUCUUGUGGAUUAUCCGUCGUCGCCGAGGCAGUCGCAUGGUCGAGCCCGGUGGAGGCCCCGCUCUGCUGGAUGGAUGUGUGUGAAUCAGCGGCGGACUCCGAGUACUGAUGAAGACUGUGAUAAUGAUGAUGCUUGGGUUUCAUCGGCAGCGGGUGAACUGAUCUUGAAUGUUCGGGCUAUAUCGCCCCUACACAUACCAUUUCCUCACAAGGCAAAAAUUAUAUUCCUUAAAAACUGGACGCCCCUGGAGCAGUUUAUGACGACCCUGGCAGGAGCGUGAUGAGCGCGCGCUUCCGCUUGCCUGCUGGCAGAUCCUACAAUGUCCGGGCGACGGAGCUGGAGCGAGACAGGCAGCACACACAGGUUGUGUGCAACGUACUGCUGCUGGACAACACCGUCCAGGCGUUCAAAGUCAGCAAGUCGGAUCUUGGCCAGGUGUUGCAGGAUGCUGUCUAUAAGCACCUGGAGCUGACGGAGAGAGACUACUUCGGCCUGCACUUGACUGAUGACUCCUCAGAUGCCCCGCGCUGGCUCGAUCCCAACAAGCCCAUCAGGAAACAGUUAAAAAGAGGGUCUCCCCACAACUUGAGCUUCAGAGUCAAAUUCUUUGUGACAGACCCCGGUAAACUUCAGGAAGAGUACACACGGUACCAAUAUUUUCUCCAGAUCAAGCAGGAUAUAUUAACUGGAAGACUGCCCUGUCCACACAACACGGCCGCACUGCUGGCGUCCUAUGCUGUUCAAUCUGAGUUGGGGGACUACAAUGAAACGGAGCAUUCUCAAGGUUAUCUGUCCGAGUUCUUCUUUAUCCCCAACCCUCCGCAAGACUUCCACAAAGAGGUCGCCAAACAUCACCAGCAGCACAGUGGUCUAUCUCCUGCCCAGUCAGAGUUUAAUUAUCUGAACACAGCACGCUCGCUGGAGCUCUACGGGGUAGAGCUGCACUAUGCAAGGGACCAGAGUAACACAGAAAUUCUCAUCGGGGUGAUGUCCGCCGGCAUUGUGGUUUACAAGAACAGGGUACGGAUCAACUAUUUCCCAUGGUUGAAAAUAGUGAAAAUCUCCUUCAAGUGCAAACAGUUCUUCAUCCAGCUGAGAAGAGAAGCGACCGAGACCCGGGAGACGCUGUUGGGUUUCAACAUGGUGAACUACCGGGCCUGUAAGAACCUAUGGAAGGCCUGCGUGGAGCACCACACCUUCUUCAGGCUGGAAAGACCCAUCCCGCCACAGAAGAACUUCUUCGCCCACUACUUCACCCUGGGCUCAAAGUUCAGAUACUGCGGGCGGACAGAGGUGCAGUCUGUGCAGUAUGGAAAGGAGAAGGGCAUCAAGGACCGAGUGUUUGCCAGAUCUCCCAGCAAGCCACUAGCCAGGAAAUUGGUGGGCGGGACUGACUGGGAGUCGGUGAGCAGGAACAGCCUAUCAGAUGAGAGACUGGAGACCCAGAGCCUGCCCACCCGCUCGCCACCUGGGACACCCAAUCAGAACUCGCUGUUCGUACAAGAGGGCACGCGACUACGCCCGUCGUCCGUCGGCCACCUGGUCGAUCACGUGAUACACGCUUCGCCCAGCUUGCCCGUCUUCUCCUCCAAUCACAAGUCGGCAUCGUCCACGCAGGCCAACAGCAUCAGCUUGGACUCCACCCCGUCUCCAGAGGGGGUGGACGGCCAACCUCCAGCUUUGCCCCCCAAGCAGCUGAGCAGGAAGACCUUGAGCCAGAUCAUCCAGGCCCACUCUCAACAGAGCCUCCUGGACAACCACCUCAACGAGAUGUACGACGUCCCCGUCAACGCUGACAAGACCACGCUAAAUGGAGUUGUCCCUCAUGAUAAUCUGGUCCUGAUCAAGAUGAGACCUGAUGAACAUGGACGUUUUGGCUUCAAUGUUAAGGGUGGUGCUGACCAGAAGAUGCCCAUCAUCGUGUCCAGAGUGGCUCCGGGAACAUCUGCUGACCUGUGUGUGCCUCGCCUUAACGAGGGCGACCAGGUGGUCUUAAUUAAUGGGCGGGACAUCUCUGACCACACUCAUGACCAGGUGGUCAUGUUCAUCAAGGCCAGCUGUGAGAGUCACUCUGGGGAGCUCAUCCUAUUGGUCAGACCAAACGCCAUCUAUGAUGUGGUGGAGGAGAAGGCGGACUCGGAGCCAGAUUUUCAGUACAUCCCAGAGAAGUCCCCUCAGGAUCCCGCCCAGCUAGACCAGCAUGCUUUGAGGGACUCUAUGGUCACCCUGAAAGAAGGCCUGAGCAGCGGAGCCAUACUGGCACAGUUUGAUCAACUGUACAGGAAGAGGCCGGGGAUGACCAUGCUGUGUGCCAAAUUACCUCAGAACGUUUCCAAAAAUCGCUACAGAGACAUCUCUCCUUAUGAUGCCACACGGGUCAUUCUGAAAAGCACAGAUGACUACAUCAAUGCAAAUUACAUCAAUAUGGAGAUUCCAGCCUCCAGUCUUAUAAACCGCUACAUAGCAUGCCAGGGCCCCCUGCCCAACACCUGCGCCGACUUCUGGCAAAUGACCUGGGAGCAGGGCUCGUCUAUGGUGGUCAUGCUGACAACACAAGUCGAGAGGGGGCGGGUGAAGUGCCACCAGUACUGGCCCAACCCGGACAGCAGCGCCACCUACGGAGACUUUACCGUAACGUGCCACAACGAGGAGGGCAACUCUGCCUUCCUGGUCCGGGAAAUGACUCUCAUGCACACGCAGAGUGAGCAGCAGAGAGAGCUUACACAGAUCCAGUACCUGGCGUGGCCAGACCACGGCGUCCCCGAUGACUCCACUGAUUUCCUGGAUUUUGUGGCUCUGGUUCGGACCAAACGGGCGGGACAGGACCAGCCGAUGGUGGUACACUGCAGCGCGGGGAUUGGUCGGACAGGGGUUCUGAUCACCAUGGAGACGGCAUUGUGUCUAAUGGAGUGCGGUCAGCCAGUGUAUCCUCUAGAUAUCGUCAGAACCAUGAGAGACCAGAGGGCUAUGAUGAUACAGACACCCAGUCAGUACCGCUUUGUAUGUGAGGCUAUCCUGAAAGUCUAUGAAGAGGGUCUGGUCAAACCACUCAAGAUCGCCCUCUACCAGCAGAGAGAAAAGGUGGAUGAGGAGCGGGGGGAGGAGGAGAAGAAGGAACAGCAGAAAGCAGGAGAAGAGAAAGAAGAGACAGCGGCGGCGGCGACGGAGGACGGGGAGGCGGCCGUCGCGGCGGAGUUGCUGGAAGGAGGUCUGGACGAAGAGGACGAUGACGACGAAGAGGUGGAGGUGCUAGACGUUGGAGAAGUGACAGAAGAGGGGGAGGAGGAGGAGGAGGAGGAGGAAGAAGAGGAGGAGGUGGAGGAGCCGAGUGUCGCUAGCGCCACUAGCGUGACCAGCGAGACCAGCGCGAACCCUGACCCCGAUCCUGCUAACCCGUGACGUUUGACCCUCGGGGUCAUCAGGGGUUACCAGGAGGAGGCCAGGUGGCCGGAGGAGAGAACAAAAGCACUGUUGCACUUUAUGCUGACAAAAAUGGAAAAAAAACUAAAAGACAAACACACACGUGAAAAUCAAGGACAAACUAGAAUUUAAAAAAGAAAUCCAGCUGUGUUGACUAGGUACCAUUAGAGGAUAUUGUAUGUUCAGGGUAAUGAAAAAAAGUAUACAAAGAAUGAAAAGAUAAAAGUAUGAGAGAAUAAAAUGUGGAUGGGGAAUUGCUGUAGUGCCAUAAGUACGAAGGGGAAGGGCUCCCCCCACGGAUGAAAAGCUCCCCCCCUCACCUCCCCUUUUUUUUCCCCCUCCCAAAAGGGUCGCCCUGUCCCCUUCUGAGCGAGUCUGCCAGACGGACCUGCCUUUUUUUAGUGUCCUUUUAGCUGAUAAAGAGAUAUACCUUAUCUUUUGUUCCUCAGAAAGAGUAUUUAUUGUGUUUUAGUUUGUGUCAAACCCUGUCCACUGAACAAAAAAAAAAAAAGUUGUAUGUUUGUUUGUAUGAGUCUAGAGCUUCAUGCUUUCCUGAUUAAAUUUUAGGUAGUAAAGUAG